GGAGAAAUAAUUAAGGUUAAUGACAAUAAUAGUUAAGUAACAUAAAUAUGUAUAAUAUUUGUGUGGAAAAGCAGAUUGAACCAACCGACAGACAAGGAGAAGCAUGAGUUAGUUUUCUUGGCUUGGAAUUGAAGGGAUAUGAAUAGGUAUGGCAGUUAGAACCACUCUCUUUCCUUUCACUCCCUCACUCACUCUAUCUCUCACACAAAAACUCAUCACUCACACACAGAGUUAAACACACAGACACACACACAUAUUAAACUGGACGUACGGACCUCCGUUGGUUUCUUCGACCGGCGGCGCCACCACCACAAAGUCGUAGAAAAAGUCUCUAACCCUCUUACCCUCCCACCACUUGUCACCACACUCAUUUAGCUCUUUUUCACUCUCUCCCUCGUCCGCACAAACAACCAUUACUAUAUCUAAAAACUAGGACUCCUACUCCUCUUCACCAUACAACCCUACAACAACUUUCACUACAAGAACAUUAACUCCAUCCCUUUUCUUUUCCAUUCUUGAUUCACCCACUUCCUUUACUUUCUUUCUUUCUUUCUCAUCUUCUUUUUUCUUUUUCCUUUGCCUCUUUAAUUUUUAACCCCUUGUAUGGCUUUGAUUGUCGAUCAACAAUCAAACUUCAAGCACUUUUGUAAAAUUUGCAAGAAAGGUUUCGGCUGCGGUAGAGCUCUAGGAGGCCACAUGAGGGCUCAUGGAAUUGGCGACGAGAAUGGUCAUAUGGACGAUGAAGAUCCUGCCAGCGAUUGGGAAGAUAAAUUAGGAGGGAAUGUGCCACCUAGCAACAAGCGGAUGUAUGCAUUAAGAGCCAAUCCCAAUCGAUUUAAGAGUUGUCGUGCUUGUGAAAAUUGUGGCAAGGAAUUUUUAUCAUGGAAAUCCUUUCUUGAACACGGUAAAUGCAGCUCCGAAGAUGCCGAGUCGCUUGUUUCCUCUCCAGGAUCCGAUGGCGAGGACGGGACACCAAGGAGAGGAUGCGGUUGGUCUAAAAGAAAAAGAUCAUUGAGAGCUAAAGUGGGCAAUUUUAACUCAAAUUGCCCUUCCAGCGAAGAGGAAGAUCUCGCAAAUUGCCUUAUGAUGUUAUCUAAUGCAGCUUUUGACCCUCUAGCAGCCGAACCAGAGGAGUCAUGUGCCUCGGCUAGCAAAGAAGAGGAGAGAAGAAAUCCGAUGAAUUUUACAGCUCCGAUGGCUUAUAGGGCACCCAUAGACAAGGCCAAAGGAGUUGCUAAAGGAACGUUCGAAUGCAAAGCAUGCAAGAAAGUUUUCAAUUCCCAUCAAGCAUUAGGUGGACAUAGAGCUAGUCACAAGAAGGUUAAAGGGUGUUUCGCAGCCCGGCUUGAUCAAGGACUAGAUGAGAGUCUAGCUGAUGAAGACGUUAUUACACAUGAAGAAUUCUUUCCAACAAAACCAACAUCAACUUUCCAGUUUGAUCAUGGUUCGAAUGCUCCACUGGCUUCUACUUCAAAAAGAAAAUCAAAGGUCCAUGAAUGCUCCAUAUGUCAUCGUGUAUUUUCAUCGGGACAAGCUUUAGGUGGACAUAAAAGGUGUCACUGGAUCACUUCAAAUUCACCAGAUGCAUCUUCUUUGGCUAAGUUGCAUCAGUUCCAAGAUCACAUUGAGCAAAUUCAACAAAGACCCAAGUUUAUCAAUAAUACUGAGACGCUUGAUCUUACGCUUGAUCUGAAUCUUCCAGCUCCGGCAGCUGAUGAGCAAAACGGAGUCCGGCGGGAACUCCCUGCAAAACCACCUAACGCUGAAGUUUCUACAGAGAUUUAUUUACAAACUUGGAUAGGGGUUGAAGCAAAAGUAAAGGAUGAAAAUCACCACGACCACCACCAUCAAAACGAGGAUGACAACGACAAGAAUAACACCCCCACCAACAACAAUAACAUUAAUUGUAAUGGUUCAAUGCAGAAUGUUGAUGAAGAAGCAGACAGUAAGGUGAAGUUAGCAAAGCUCAGCGAAUUAAAAGAUAUGAACAUGAAUGGAAGCUCAUCUCCAUGGUUGCAGGUAGGGCUUGGUUCAGCCACUGAUGUCAACGUGGGUGCUAACCCAUAAAAAUUUUUUUUUUGAAGCGAUAUGAAGGUAUUCUCACUUUUCCUUUUUGUGCAUUUUUGUAUUUAAAAACUGUAAUUACAGACUCUACAGCUUCAUAAUUAUAUAUAAUUCUACACCAUUUACUGUAAUUUUUUUUGUGGAGAUGGUAGAUCAUUAAAUUGAA